AUGCAAACAAUAGAGAGAGGAAUGAACUUGGAGGAUAUGUCCGUAUUUCCCCUAUUCUUGAGAGGAACGGUCAUUAAUGGUUUCGGAAGAGGCAGUAAACAGCUGGGUUGUCCAACAGCCAACCUACCCGUAGAACAAUAUGAAGAGACGAUAAAAGAUAUACCUGUUGGAGUGUUUUAUGGAUGGGCAAAGGUGACAGGCGUCGACACAGAGGUACACAAGAUGGUGAUGAGUAUCGGUUGGAACCCAUUCUAUAAGAACGAGAAGAAGACCAUAGAGAUACAUAUAUUGAAACGAUACGACGAGGACUUUUACUCAAAAGAGAUCAGUGCAAUUGCCACUGGUUUCAUAAGACCAAUGUGCGACUUUAACGAUCUGCCCGGUCUCAUACAGGCCAUACAGGACGACAUAUCAUUCGCUGGCAAUCAAUUGGAGAGCAGUGAGCAACAACAAACAUACCGUAGUCACAACUUCUUUGUUGGUUGUAUAUCACCUGCACCAGAGCAAACCUUUCACAAUCAGAAUGGUGAAUCACUGUCACACUCUGUUGUAUCAUUGAAG